UGGGAUGGCUUCCGGUCGACAGGAGCGGAGAGCGCGAGGUACUGCAGAGUGAAGGCUUCUAAAUCCAAGGCCAUGGCAAAACAUCUGAAGUUCAUUGCCAGGACUGUGAUGGUUCAGGAAGGGAACGUGGAAGGUGCAUACAGGACCCUGAACAGAAUCCUUACCACGGACGGGCUCAUCGAGGACAUUAAGCGAAGGCGUUACUACGAGAAGCCGUGCCGCCGCCGGCAGCGGGAAAGCUAUGAAAUCUGCCGGCGGAUCUACAACACGGAGAUGACUCGCAAGAUCAACUUCUUGAUGCGGAAGAAUCGGGCAGAUCCCUGGCAGGGCUGCUGAGGCCCUUUUGUGUCUCUGCACCCUUCCUUUCUCGAACCCACUUUCUCUUCCCCUUCUCUGCAAUAAACCCAGCAACAUACGUGCAGGAAGGCCUACGCCUGCAGAGGUAACCCCGCUAGUCAGCAGUGGACCCUCUCUUAUUAAGCGAAAAAGAAGCUGAGUCAGAAGGCAGUUCAGGAGCAGUGAGGAGAUACUCUAACGUAGUAGAGUAUGUCUGCUAUUUCUUACCCAGUUUUUAUGAACCCCAAAGCAAAAUCUUACUAGUGGAAAAGUAUCUGUUACUCUGUACUGACUCACUCCCCCUCCCUACUGUGAGGUCAAGAGGAGAGGAAGCCUGUAUGUACUGGGAAUAAACUGCUUCUUAAACACUCA